AUGCGUUUCACCAGCCUCGUCGCCGCCGCUAUGGCCCUCGCCCCGUCCGUCUACGGUUACGGCGUGUUCACCGCACACCUGAGCGAGCACGAGGGCUGCCACCCCGGCGACUGGCCCAACGAGCCUCUGGACAGCCCCGAGGCCACGGCCCUGACGCCCGACACCUGCGCCAAGGUGUCUACGAAACACAGCUUCCCCAUCGACGCCUACUCGCUCUCCGUCGAGGCCGUCACCAAGGACGCCACCUUCGACUGCCACGGCGUCGGUAUCUUCAGCAACGACGAAUGUAUCGGGUACCCUGAAUUGAUCGUUCCUAUCAAGCCCUUGGAUACGCACGUCCAGACUCCCUGCUUCUCGGAUGUGCAUUAUGACCGACACCUCUCGCUGAAGCUUUACUGUUCGGAGCAUUAG